AGAGGAUGAUGAGGGAACGCGUCUGUCUGUCUGUCUUAGCAACAGCAGGUUCAGCUCACAGUCCUCCUCCCCUCAGCUCUCCAUGAAGCCGAGCAGAGGCUGAACACGGGACAGUCUGAGGGGACAUCUCACCAGCCUGGAGCAGGUGGCCGGUGGAAGGCGAGGCUUGGCAGAAUGGAGAUAGAUGCCCGCUUCCGUUACUACUUUCAGCACCCAUGGUCCCGACUGGUUGUGGCCUACCUAGUGACCUUCUUCAACUUCCUCAUCUUUGCUGAGGACCCUGUGUCCCACAGUCAGACGGAGGCACACAUGAUAGUGGUGGGGAACUGCUUCUCCUUCAUAGUGAAUAAAUACCCAGGCGGAGGAUGGAACGUCCUGAAGGUUUUGAUGUGGAUUCUGGCGAUCUUCACAGGGCUCGUUGCUGGGAAGUUUUUCUUCCAUCGAAGGCUGUUUGGCCGGUACCUGCGUCUGAAGAUGUUCCGCGAGGACCAUGGCUCCUGGAUGACAAUGUUCUUCAGCACUAUCCUCUUCCUCUUCAUCUUCUCUCACAUCUACAACCUCUUGCUCCUCAUGACUGGAGGCAUGGGUCCUCACAUGGUCACAGAGUACAUGGGCAUAAGGAAUGAGAGCUUUAUGAAGAUGGCUGCUGUUGGUACGUGGAUGGGAGACUUUGUGACUGCAUGGAUGGUGACGGACAUGAUGCUGCAAGACACACUAUACCCAGACUGGGGACAAACCGCCCGACGCUUCUGGAAACAGGGCAACAACAGAAUUGUGCUUUUCUGGACAGUGCUGAUCUCUCUGACGUCUGUGGUGGUACUGGUCAUUAGUACAGAUUGGAUUAGUUGGGAUAAUCUGAAUCGUGGGUUUCUACCGAGUGACGAAGUCUCCAGAGCUUUUCUCGCCUCCUUCAUUCUCGUCUUCGACCUCCUCAUUGUCAUGCAGGAUUGGGAGUUUCCACACUUCAUGGGUGAUUUGGACAUGAAUCUGCCUGGCCUGUCCACGACCCAGCUAAAAUUUAAACUACCAGUCUGCAAACGGAUCUUUAAGGAGGAGUAUCACAUUCACAUCACAGGUAAAUGGUUCAACUAUGGUAUCAUCUUCUUGGUUCUCAUUCUGGACCUCAACAUGUGGAAGAACCAGAUUUUCUAUAAGCCCUAUGAAUACGGUCAGUAUGUCGGCCCAGGAGAGAAGAUCUACACAGUAGAAGAGCCGGACACUCUUAGCCACUUCAACCGUAGCACACUCACCUGGGAGUGGCGCUCCACUAACAUCAACCCACGCACCAACCUCACCUACAUCCACAGAGACAUGUUCCUCCACAGCCGCUACAUCGGCGCCAGCCUGGACGUGAAGUGCUUGGCCUUCAUUCCAAGCCUGGCUGCCUUCGUUCUCUUCGGCUUCUUUAUCUGGCUUUUCGGACGCUUCCAGGACAGCGAGACGUUUCCGGAGAGCCAGGACAAAACAUACGAGCGCAUCAAACGCAAAUCACCUUCAGAUCUGGGCGUCACGCCAGAGGAAGUUCACGUGUCCAUGAGCGAGACUCUGAAAAGAAGUGGGACUCCCAUGCUGCUGCUGGUGGACGCCCACCACUUUGGUUCCUCUGCUAACUCCAUAUCACCCUGUUCUAAUGAGACCCAGGAGACACAGCCUAGCAUCUCUGUGGAUAAAGCAGCAUGUCCAGAAGCUGCAGAUGUCGACAAACUGUCCCCAUGAUCUUAUAACCCUUACAAAAGCUAAUACAGACUAAUGAAGGUGAGGGAUAUUUCUGCUGACCUCUUUCAACUCCGUCUUUGCCUUUGUGGUUAAUCAAUGAAGACCGAACAUGUGUCCAACUUGGGGCCUCCAAAGAGAACCUUGCGAGCUGGCUCCUGGAACUUUAAAUGGACUUACUUUAAAACCGUAAGAGAGGAGAACAUGAGAAAUCGCAUAACCCAGUGUGGUGGUCUUUUCU